UUCACCCGUGCAGGCAGAAGAGCGCAGCAGCGCUGGGGUGAGGACUGCACUCAGGUUGGCAACACUGUGCGGAGUGGAAAGUCUGGGGAUUGCUAUAAUUUGGUGAUCUCUGUGGGUUUAUGUCUACUGCUCAGACAUCCUGGUAGUAUUCAAAUAUCAGGAAACACCGGAAAGUCGACGGCUUAAUAUUUAACUCGACGACUGUUGCUCAGCAAAACAAAGAAAGCGAAGUAGCGAGAAUUCUGGUUCACAUAGCCUAUGCAUGUAUUCGAUUUUGCUAUGGCUGGAGCCUACUGCAAAAGUUUAUACGCCUUCAGUGGAGAUCAGCACCAACAAGGAUUGAGAUUCGAGGCUGGGGAAAUAAUUAAAGUAAUACAAGCAUCAGCUGGCGGUUGGUGGGAAGGAGAGAAGGAUGGAGUGAGAGGAUGGUUUCCUGCAAGUUACGUCCAGGUUUUAGAGAGGCAGGCAUCCUCAAGCCCCCUGCCAGGUGAUGAACUGGGCAGAAGCCCUCUCCCACAAGGCUGGAAGUGCUACAUGUCGCCCCAGGGACGCAGAUACUAUGUCAACACAGCCAACAAUGAAACUACGUGGGAACGGCCAUCCAGUGCCCCUGGGACGCCAAAGACCCCACUAAGACAAAAGAACUCUACACCCACAGUGAAUGGAUUUCACGGCUCUGGAAGCCCCCUGCACCAGCUGGACCUGUCCCAUAUGCGAAAGGCCAGUACCGAUCAGCAGAGCCCUGGGUCCACUUCUCCAACCAGGAAACAGAACAGGGAAACCACAAUCACUAUUAAUUGUGUCACAUUUCCUCUGCCUAUGAAUAUGCCAGAACAGCAGCUCUUAAAACCCAGUGAGUGGAGCUACUGCGAUUAUUUCUGGACUGACAAAAAGGACCCCCAGGGAAACGCCUCUGUGUCUGGCUUCGAGGUUCUGCUUCAGAAGCAGCUGAAGGGUAAACAAAUGCAGAAAGAAAUGGCGGAGUUCAUCCGAGAAAGAAUAAAGAUUGAAGAGGAAUAUGCAAAGAACCUUUCAAAGCUCUCACAGAUUCCCCUAGCUGCCCAGGAAGAAGGCACACUGGGGGAGGCCUGGGCUCAGCUGAAAAAGAGCCUGGCUGAUGAAGCUGAGGUUCACCUGAAGUUCUCAUCUAAGCUUCAAAGUGAGGUGGAGAAACCCCUCCUUACAUUCCGGGACAACUUUAAAAAAGACUUGAAGAAGUUUGACCACCACAUUACUGAUCUCAGAAAGCAGCUGGCUAGUCGGUACGCAGCAGUAGAGAAGGCCCGCAAAGCCCUAGCGGACAGGCAGAAAGACCUGGAGGUUAAAACCCAGCAGCUGGAGAUCAAACUCAGCAACAAGACAGAGGAGGACAUAAAGAAGGCCCGACGGAAAUCUACACAAGCAGGGGAUGACCUGAUGCGCUGUGUUGAUCUUUAUAAUCAGUCCCAGUCCAAAUGGUUUGAGGAGAUGGUGACCUCAAGUCUGGAAUUGGAGAGAUUGGAGGUAGAACGUGUGGAGAUGAUAAGACAGCACCUGUGUCAGUAUACAACGCUACGACACGAAACAGACAUGUUCAACCAAAGUACGGUGGAGCCGGUGGACCAGCUUCUCCAAAACGUGGACCCAGCCAAAGACAGAGAGCUGUGGGUGAAUGAACACAAAACUGGGCAACUCCGGCCGGUGGACAUGGAGAUCUAAAUGAGUCACACCUGGAGCCACACUGUCCUCCGAGGGCCACAGAGAAGCACAGGGUGUGGCUUCGCUUCAGGAUCACCCACAUCUCACAGGAACAUUCCAAACUCAGAGCCUGAGACUAUUAACGGCAACACUCCAUGUACUGUACCCAUGGCUACAAGGCGAAUAUUUUAGUGUCAUUAUAUUUUUGGAUCAAUAUUUAAGGCAUUAGCCAAGGCUGUAUUAGUGACCAACCAGAAAUCUUGACUUUAAAAUAUGUAUUAGUCAGCAUAUUAUUCACAUUACUGGGCAUAUAUGAAGGCUUUUCACAAUGACUGCAUUCUUCAUUUAAGAAUUUGCUUGGAACAAAAGACGUAUGGUGUUUAAGGCCUGGAUCACAGAAACAGUGGGUUUUCUGUAGGGUCUAGAUUAUGAUGAAUCUUGUGCACCUCCUGUUCUAAGUCAACUUUUAUUUAUCACUUUUUGAGGAGAUGUGAAGUUUUCAAUUUUCAAUCCUGAGCAUUAGUUUUUUAAAUGCCUUUCCCCCUUUUUCUCCCCCAUUUUGUAAUGCCCAACUGCAUAUAUUUCAGGACUCAUUGCUACAACCUCCGCUAUCCAUUCAGGAAUAAUUUUAUGUCAGCUGCUGGUUUUACAUAACAGCUUGCAAGAUUCCGAGUCGGACAGAGGUGGUUGCAAGUGUGCAAUAAGGCAGUGUAAUCCCAAUUUUGUAACACUAUGCGGGGCUGCUGUUCACAACCGGAUUCCAAACCAGACUGUGGGGCCCAUCCAUGAUAUCAGUGUCUUACCAGGAUGAGCCACUCAACAGCCCCCAGUCAUGUGUUUUUUGUUUUUAAAAUGUGUUACAUGUUGCACAGUUCAGACAGAGCACAGCACACCUGAAUUGUUUUUUUGUUUUGUUUUUUUAACCAUAAAUGCGACCCCUUGUUAAAUUGUUUCAUUAAUCAGAUAGGUAAUGUUACUAAUAUCUGCUAAUUUACAAGGGUUUAUGUUGCUUCACCUUGUAAUUACCACCAGAUGCUGUCUUAAUGGAUGCCUUAUUUGUUGAUCCUAAUUUAUAGUAUUGUCCAUGUUUCAUAGAGUCUUUUCUGUUCAAACUGAGAUUGCUUGCAGAUGCAUACAGUUCAUCUUGCUCUAAUUGCCUGCUUUGCAAUACUGGUCACAGGCGAGUAUUUAAUUAUAAUUUCUUCCAGUGCCUUUGGUCUAAGCAAGGAAAUUGAUAAACUAAUGUGCAAUCCCUUCCUAAAAUGUUUCUUCACCCACACAGUUGACAUUAACAUGGCAGUCUCACUGUGUGUCUGUGCAUGUUUGGACCAUACUGUAUAGCACAUGAUAUUCUGUGCCCCACUAUAUUCCUGGCUUCACAAGGAAUCAAAAUAGAAGAAUAAUUGUAUGUAUGUUAUCUAUAUUACAUGCAUUUAAAUAUAAAUAUAUUAGUGAAUUGUGAACUGAAGUAAAGAAGGUUAACUGAGUUCCUGUAUGCAUAAAUAGACAAUGUACACACAUGUACACACACUUGUAAAUUAAUAAAUAUUCCCAUUAUACGAUAUGUCCUGUUUAGGGUUGACAACUGAUCAUAUGUGGAAGGCUGAACAGCAAUUCCUCAUUCAGCCACUAAACUCCACUUACUAUAUGCAUUUCCACUUCUUGUGGUGUAGACUAAAUUAUAAUUUUAUUGACCUUAUUUUUAUUAAUAACUUCUGUAUGGAUGCAAACAAUCCAGAAUCACUAAGAAAUACAUUCAGAAAUCAUGAAGAGGUUACUUCAGUUAAAUGUUAUAUGGAUUCACAAUAUGUAAAAUGAAGCUAUUUUAUUAAUUUUCAAAUGUUAUCUUGCAGGCCACUUUUAAAGUAUGCAACAUGAUUGUAAUGGCAGGACUAAAUUUAUCUCAUUUUAACAUAAGGACAUUUUAUAGGGGUUCGGGUGACGGUAUAUACACUUCUAAGGCAGCUGCUACUUUUAAUUAAGCACAGAUUCAGGGAAACUUCUUCAUUCACACACAUCCUCAAUAUGAAGUCAGUUUGCAUAAAUGAUUAAUAGAGGCAAAUUUCUUUAUGUUUAUGACUAAAUACCAAAACCAUCCUCAAAUUAUGGAUUUGUAUUUCAUACAGGAAAUACUGUCCAUGAUAUUGGAAGAGACCAGAGCAGAGAUACUAAUCAAGAUUCUGUCCUCAGUAUGGAGUGUGGGAUUUCUAAAACUACAUCUACAGGUGUACCAUUCAAGUCAUUGCCGUGUAUUUUAAAUGUUAUAUAUACAUAAUUCAACUUUAGAAAAACUGGAUUCAUCCUUUGAUUGUGAUUACAUUGUGUGAAGGCCAUAUAUAUUUUAAAUAUUGUAAGAAAAAAGGUUUAGGGUGGGUUUAAGUUGGCUAGUGUUUCUUGUGUUAAUGAAACAAUAUGCAAAGCAAAUACAAAUUUCCAAAUUGUCAAGAAAAAAGAGGAAAAAUUGUUUAACAAAAUAAAUGUUUCUUGUCUUGUCAGUCCCUGCAAGUACCACGUAUGUUCAGUUGAGCAUGCAUAAUUUUGAAUGUCAACUAGGAUUUGUCAAUACUCUGAAAUGGUUCUGUAAUCUGACAAUCUAAGGAUGGAAGGACUAGCUUCUAUGAAAUUUGAAGAUGGCUUUGGCACUGCUAGCAAAGAACAUGCAGCUGUCGUAAGAUGUGAUCUGUGGGGCACUGCACGUGGAAUGUCUCUGGUUUAGACGCCAUGGUGAUGAUCUGUGCCUACAAGGUUAAAUAUAGGGAAAAUGUUUCAGAUCGUGUCUCCCUUGAGGCAUUAUUCCAUUUAAUCUAUAUUGUUCAGUUUUGUUUUGUGAAUAUUGAUUAUUUUUUGUCUUUUGAGAGAAGCCCUUGCACUUUCAUACUGAUAUGCUGUCCCCAGAGUUUAUAAUUUUUUUUUUUAAUUCUGCAAUUAUCCAUUUUGAAUGGAUCCUUAAAAAACAAUUAAUAAUUUCCUUCUGACUGCAACAUGUGCAGCUCAAUGGUAUUUUAUUUUUUGACCAAUGUGAGACCAAAGAGGAUAUUUCCUCAUCCAUUUUAAAGCAAAGCUCCAGAUGUACAAUUGGUAUGACUGCUCAGUCAUUCUACUAUUUGCAGUGUAUGUCAUUUCCAUUGUAUCACACAAAUUCAUCAGGAUUUUUAAAAUGCCUGCCAUGAUACUGAACAACCAGAACAUGCUCUAUACAGGCCUUCUGAAAACCAGUGACUGCCACAGUAGGCACAGUUGCCUGAGGCAACCAUACUUGUCUCAGGGUUCCUUGCUUGACAUACUAUGGAAGAUUUGAACAUGAAGGCACUGGUGAUGGCUUUCAGCUUAGACUGCUAACUAAUGGAUAGUUGUUGUUUUCUUUUUUUCUUUAUAUCUCAAUCCUCUGAUUGUAAAUGACCAUAGACUAUGUUUUGGUUAAGCUGAGGUAAAGAUGUGGUCAUAGCAACAGUAUAUUUGUAUGUAUUUCCCAUCACAACUCACAGUUAUUAUUUUGAUACUACUGUGGAUAUGGCUGCUCUGUUUAAAUAAAUUUAAAAAAAAACAGGGAUCUCCUUUCUUUAAAUUGCCAUACUGUGCAAUCCAGAACAAAAAAAAUAUAUUCUCAGUGGUCAAAAAAUUACUAAAAAUUAUAUAUAUAAUAUAGAUGUGUUGCAAAACCGCAGCCAAGAUUUGUCGUAGGAGGGGUACAGAUAAUAUAUUAAACCUAUUUUACACAAUGCUUAUUUUUAUACAGAAAUUAACAGGAACACUGUUUUGUUCUUUAUUCCUUUUCAGAGAACUUUUAACAGGAUAACAUUAUCAACUACGUUUAUAUUUAAUCAAUCACUAAAUCAGCAGCUUUUUUUCCCAUUGAAUUACCCUAAGUAUUACUGAUGUAUAUGUAAUUACUGUUUCAUAUUGAUACCUAAAUGUUGUGUAAAGUGUAAUAUCGAAAUCUGAUUCUGUUGAAAGUAUGUAACUAGAACAUUGAAAGUUUUAAAAGAUUGUAAAUGAAGAUAUAACUGCUCUUCAGUGAAUGUUUUGCAUUACUAUAAAACAUUGAUUAAAUUGGAUGUUAAAACUAC